GACCACAGGAGCUUCUGCAGGACCACCCUCACAAUGAGCAUCUCACACUGGACUAACACUGGUAUUACUGGGAAACUCUGAUGGUAAAUCGGACUGGAAGUUUCUGCAAGUAGAUUUCACUGGAACUUUCUACUUGGAACUUUUUGAUGGUAUAUAAUUUGCUGGCAUAUCAGAUUGAAACACUCUUCUGGAAGAUUGGACUGGAACACUUUGUUGGUGGACCAUAUUUGGACACUCUGCUGGUAGAUCAGACCAGAACUCCCUUCUGGAAGAUUGGACUCUAAGAUACUGCUGGUAGACUAGACCUGAAAUCUUUUCUGGAAGACUGGAUUGGAACUUUCUGCUGGUAUAUCAGACCAGAACUCUCUUUUGGAAGAUUGGACUCUAAGAUUCUGCUGAUAGAUCAGACUGGAAAUUUUUUGCCAGAUAAUUGAAUUGGAACUUUCUGUUGGAAGACUAGACCAGAACUGCUUCUGCUGAAAGAACAGACUUUGAGAUUCUGCUGGUUAAUCAGACCAGAACCAACUACUGGAAGAUCAGACUCUAAAAUUCUGCUGGUAGAUCGAACCAGAACUCUUUGCUGGAAAAUCAGAUCAGAACUCUCUGCUGGAAGAUCAGACCAAAACCAUCUACUGGUAGACCAGGCUCUGAGAUUUUGCUGGUAGAUCAGACUUAAACUACUCAAACGGUUGAUUUCUGAUAGUCCAGGUCUAUUUGUUUGGGUCAUGGCGAACACGUGUCUGCAGUUGACUGGUUUUCUGAUCAGUCUUCUCGGCUGGGUCGCCCUCAUCAUCGCCACAGCAACCAACGAGUGGGUGAUCACCUGCAAGUAUGGCAUGAACACCUGCAGGAAGAUGGACGAGCUGGGCGCCAAGGGCCUGUGGGCGGAGUGUGUGAUCUCUACAUCGCUGUACCACUGCAUCACCCUCAACAAGAUCCUGGAGCUUCCCGCGUAUAUCCAGACGGCGCGGGCGCUGAUGAUCACAGCCUGUAUUCUGGGUUUACCCGCCGCUGCCAUGCUGCUGGUCUCUAUGCCCUGUGUUAACCUGGGGGGUGAAGAGCAGAGCGCCAAGAACAGGCAGGCCAUGCUGGGAGGAACCAUAACACUGAUAGUGGCGCUGUGUGGGGUCAUUUCCACCGUCUGGUUCCCGAUCGGAUCGUAUCAGGAGCAGGACCUGAUGACGUUCGGGUUCUCGCUGUACUCGGGCUGGGUCGGGGCGGCGCUGUCUCUGCUGGGCGGGUUUAUGAUCGUGUGUUGCGCGGUGGAGUCUUCAGCACCGUACACCGAAAACAACCGCUUCUAUUACUCCAGACACGGACAGGCCACGCCCACCAACCCCUCCUCCACCAAUCACGCCAAGAGCGCUCACGUGUAGUCCCGGGAUUACCGUCCAGCUGCCCAGAGGAGCAUUACAGCCUAAUUCCCCUCAACCCAAUCCCAUUCCUCCUCUCUCUUUUACUGACUCUCUCGCUCUCUCUCUUUUACUUUCAGUCUUUCACUCUCUGUUGCUCUUUCUCUCUCUUUUAUUCUCUCACUUCCUGCAGCUCUUUCUCAGUUUCUUGCUAUCUUUCAUUCUCGUUCUUAAACUCUCUCAUUUUCGGUCUUUCGCUCAUCCUCAAUCUUUCAAUAUCUCUCUUUCUCUCUCUUUCUCUGACUCUCUUUCUCAAUAUUUUGCUAUAUCUUUCUCCUUUUAUUCUCCUGCUUUUGCUCUUCCUCAAUCUUUGGCUAUCUCUCUCUUUUAUUGUCUCUCUUUCACUUUUUCCCUUUGCUCUUUCCCUAUCUCUCUCUCACUUUUUCUUUAUCUGACUCUUUCGCUCUUUCUCAAUCUCUCCUUCUUACUCUUUCACUUUUGUUCAAUUUCUCUUUCUCUCAAUCUCUCUUUCACAUUCCCUAUUGCUCUCUCUCUUACUCUCUUUCUUCAUUCUCUCCUUUUUUGCUCUUUUCAAUCUCUCACUAUCUCUUUCUCACACUCGUUCUCUCUGUCUUUUUUUCUCUCUCAAUCUCUUUUUCAUUAUCUCUCUCUGACGCUCUUUUGCUAUCUCUUUAUCUCAAUCUCUCCUUCUGACUGUCUCACACUCCUCUACCUUCUUGCUCUUUCACUUUCUCUCUCACUCUUGUUCAAUUUCUCUUUCUCUCAAUCUCUCUUUCUCAUUCCCUGUUGUUCUUUCUUUCUUACUCUCUCUUCAUUCUCUCUUUUCUUGCUCUUUUUUUAAUCUCUCACUAUCUCUUUCCCACACUCGUUCUCUCUGUCUUUUUCUCUCUCAAUCUCUUUUUUAUUAUCUCUCUCUGACGCUCUUUUUUCAAUCUCUCUUUCUGACUCUUUUACACUUUACCUUCUUGCUCUUUCUCUAUUUCUCUCCAUUUAUCAUUCUCUUUCUCUUUUACACACACUAUUUCUCACUGUCUAUCUCAUUAUCUCUCUAUGACACUCUUUUACUCUUUCUCAAUCUCUCUUUCUGUCUUUCUCACACUCUACCUUCUUGCUCUUUUUCUCUCUCCCUCUCACUUUUUCAAUGUCUUUCAAUUUAUCAUUCUUUCUCUCUAUUUCUCAUUAUCUCUUGACGCGCUUCUCUCUUUCUCAAUCUCUCUCUCUCUCUCGCUCUCUCUCUCUCUCUCUCUGGUCUCUGAUUUCUCUAUUUCUCAUUAUCUCUUGACGCUCUUCUUUCUUUCUGACUCUUUUCAAUCUCUCUCUCUCUCUCUCUCUCUCUGGUCUCUGACUGUAAACAGAGUGGUGUAAUGCAGGGCGGACACUCGUAUGAACCUGCUGCCCUCAGAGCACUCGGACUGAAUGAGGCCUUCUUUAAUUUGUACUUUUUUUCCUUUUUAAUUCUUAUUUUAAUUACUCGUCGUACAUCGGACCCUCUGCAGUGUUUUGGGGAUUGUGAAACACUAAUAGAUCAGUAUUUGUCAGUAUUUGCUUUAAUUUGCUUUUAAUUCUAACUGUUUUUUGUGAAAUAUAACUACUUCCAGUUUGCGAGGACUUUUUUGGUUUGUUUAUUUUACAUUACAAUGCAAACAGUGAUUUUAGUAAGUCUUAAGUGUAACCUGAAUAUCUAAUUUUAACUAUUAGAUAUUUAGACUGUUGUAUGAUUUUUGUUGAAUUUGUUUUUUAUUUCUUCAUCAGAAACAAUUAGAAACUCAUUACAGAGUCUAAAAUAAACUUCUGGUACCGUGAGUCACCAGUGGGUCUUGAGCAACUGUUUAAUUACAUGUUAUUCCAAGUGUUUGACCUUUUUGAUUAAUUUUGGCUUUUUGGCUUUUUUAAUUGUACAAUUAAGAGGAUUUUUUUCUAUCACUCAGCUACUGAUCAGUAACCAUAAAAUAUGGACACAUGUCAACUCAAUAAGUAGAUCUGGAUAAGGAUUUUUUUUGGGCUGAUUUGAGCUUAAAUCCACAGAUUGCUGCUUGCAGCUCGAGUUAUUAACAGUUCAGAUCAUGUUUAAACAUGCAGAUCAUCUUCACUUGUUUUAUAUCUGUAAAAACACAAGAAUUCAAAUUGAGAUGAAAUAAAUAUGGAAAAUCUUCUAAAAUUAACCAGAUCUCAUUAUGAGAUUAUAUAUUUAGAAGAUUGAUUUAGAAAAUGAUUUCUUGUUUCUGAUUAUUUUUUUAAAAAAAGUUAAAAAUCAUUGUCUGAUUUUUGGGAUUUCCUGUCUGAGCUGGUUAUUUAUUUGUGAUGUUUCAAUUUUACAUUUUAUUAAAUAAACAAUGAUUUGUUUACCACUCUAAA